AUCAUAGUAAGGCUGCAGUACAUCAUAUUUUGCCAAUGAUAUCAAUUCUCACUCAUUAACAAGCUGCCGUACUGAAUAUCACUUUAUCUUUCCUUCCGUGUUCUAAUUCAAUCCCUCUGAUCGGGUAGAUCUCAACCCUGCCUUUCGAUCUACCCAGCAAUGAUAAGGAGAGCCUAGGAACCUCCUCCGUCCGAUCCCAUCCGACCAUCCAUCCAUCAUGUGGAGAGAUCGCACGAACCUCUAUAUCUCGUAUCGCCAAUCCUUUACACACCACCCGACCAAGAAGGUCCCAUUCGGCCAAUCCAGCAGCUUCUCCGAUUCCACCUCCCACCCUGAAGAAAGCCGACGUCUGAUCUCCGAGACAGGCGGCUUCGAAGAUGACGGCGACGCAAUCAUCGAGAUGGACCUGUUGCCGCCGCGCUGGGUCGAUGUGCAGGACGAGGUCUCCGAGCUGCUAGCGGACAUUGCGCAGAAGGCGUCCCAUCUGGACAAACUGCACCAGAAGCACCUACUCCCCGGGUUUGGCGACGAGGACGCGCGCAAGCACGAAGAGAGCGCCAUUGAGCAGUUUACUCAAGAUAUCACGACCGCUUUUCACGAAUGCCAGCGUGCCGUGCAGAGGAUCGAAACUAUGGUGCGCGAGGCGAAGCAGCACGGCGGUGUCAGCAGCGGCGAGGAAACCAUGGCGCGGAACCUGCAGAUCUCACUCGCCUCGCGAGUCCAGGAUUCGAGUGCGCGAUUCCGGAAGAAACAGAGCACAUAUCUAAAGAAACUCCGAGGCCUAGAAGGACUAGGCAUACCCUCCAUCGACCGCGUCCCCACCCCCGUCCACCAAAACCCCUACACCGACCCAUCCCUCAUGGAAUCCGACGCAGACAAAUCCUUCUCCCAAACCACCCUUAUGCAAACGUCCCAACGCCUGACGGGCCAAAACGACGAGGCAAUCGUGCAGCGUGAGCGCGCAAUCAACGACAUUGCCAAGGGUAUCAUCGAGCUCUCCGACAUCUUCCGCGAACUGCAAUCCAUAGUCAUCGACCAGGGGACAAUGCUCGACCGGAUCGACUACAACGUGGAGCGCAUGGGGACGGAAGUUAAAGCGGCAGAUAAGGAAUUGAAAACGGCAACAAACUACCAACGCCGCACCGUAAAACGCAAAGUCCUCCUCCUUCUCACCCUCCUCGUCGUCGGCAUGUUCAUCCUUCUCCUCGUCAAACCGCGAGGAAGCGACUCUUCCCCCCCGCCGGAGCGACGAGACGAUCAACAGGCGUCCACCACCGUUCCGCGCAUGUCGAUCUCUCGGCGCAGGAGACGGUCGCUGAUGGGAACGAACACGAUGCGCAAAUGGAUCGACCCCGAUAUAGAUCGGUAGGCUUGUCGCUAGAUAGGCUUAAUCAUACUGUAAUGCAUGUUACUUUUUC